CAGCUCAGCCGGUAACAAGCUUCACCCAAAUUCACCAGAACAAGAAGAACAGCAGCUAUACGUCAUCAUCAAACGUCUACGUCACUCUCUCAUUAUUUUCUGGUUUAUACCUUUCGAUAUUAAUAUAUACAUAUUUUUUUGAUAAAAAUACAAUCCAAUUCCACCACCACCACGAUGGCCGUUCCUCCGCCGCCUCUCGUUUUCUUCUUCCUCCUUAUACUCAGCUCCUUUUUCAACCCGACCCAUCAGAAACCUUCGAUCACGCUAAACACGACGACCCUAUCCAAAUCCGGCGACUCGGUCCUGAUCAAAUGGUCCGGCGUCGACUCGCCUUCCAAGCUCGACUGGCUCGGCAUCUACUCGCCGCCUUCCUCCCGCAACCACCACUUCUUGGGUUACAAGUUCCUCUCCUCCAGCCCCACCUGGCAAUCCGGGUCGGGCUCCAUUUCCCUCCCCUUAAUCAACCUCCGAUCCAACUACUCCUUCCGGAUCUUCCGCUGGUCCGAGUCCGAGAUCAACCCCAAACGCCACGACCACGACAACAACCCCCUCCCCGGAGUCAAGCACCUGCUCGCCACGUCACCGGAGCUCGCCUUCGAAUCGGGUCGGGUCCCGGACCAGAUCCACUUAUCCUACACCGACCGCCUCGACCAGAUGCGGGUCAUGUUCGUCACCCCGGACCGCGAUGACCGCGCCGUGAAAUACGGCCUGAGCAAGGACUCGCUGGAUGACGUGGCGGCGGCACGUGUGAGCCGGUACGAGCUGCAGCACAUGUGCGACUGGCCGGCCAAUCACAGCGUCGGCUGGAGAGACCCUGGGUUUGUUCACGACGGCGUCAUGACCAAUCUCAAAAGCGGUGUCAGAUAUUAUUACAAGGUUGGGAGUGAUGAUGGAGGUUGGAGCGAAACGCACAGUUUUGUGUCCAGAAAUGGAGAUUCCGACGAAGCAGUAGCUUUCAUGUUCGGUGACAUGGGCACUACAACGCCGUAUGCCACGUUUCUUCGUGUCCAAGACGAAAGCGUGGCCACCGUGAAGUGGAUUCUUCGUGACAUUGAAGCUCUUGGUGACAAGCCGGCUUUCGUGUCCCACAUCGGAGACAUAAGCUAUGCUAGAGGCUAUUCAUGGCUGUGGGAUCAUUUCUUUAAUCAAAUUGAGCCGGUUGCGACGAAGCUGCCGUAUCAUGUUUGCAUUGGGAAUCAUGAGUAUGACUGGCCGUUGCAGCCGUGGAAACCGGAGUGGUCUAGUUCGAUUUAUGGGAACGAUGGAGGUGGAGAAUGUGGGGUGCCGUAUAGUGUUAGGUUCAACAUGCCUGGGAACUCGUUGGAGCCGACUGGGACUAGUGCACCGGGGACUAGGAACCUAUACUAUUCCUUUGACAUGGGGUCGGUUCGUUUUGUGUACAUUUCGACCGAGACCAAUUUUGUGACGGGAAGCAAGCAGCAUGAGUUUAUAAAGCGUGAUUUGGAGAGUGUGAACCGGACCAAGACUCCUUUCGUGGUGGUUAGUGGACACAGGCCGAUGUACACUACGAGCAAUGAGGGAAGGGAUGCGCCUAUGAGGAGGCAAAUGCUGGAGCAUUUGGAGCCUUUGUUUGUGAAGAACAAUGUCACCCUUGCAUUAUGGGGACAUGUUCAUAGAUACGAGAGGUUUUGUCCGAUGAGUAACUAUACUUGUGGGAGUAGAGGGCCUGUUCAUGUUGUGAUUGGGAUGGGAGGACAGGACUGGCAACCGAUAUGGGAACCUAGAGCGGAUCACCCAACUGAUCCCAUUUUCCCACAGCCACUGAGGUCUAUGUACCGCGGUGGUGAAUUUGGCUACACUAGAUUGGUUGCUUCAAAAGAGAAGCUUACACUUUCUUAUGUUGGAAACCAUGAUGGACAGGUGCAUGAUUCGGUGGAGAUUCUGGCUUCGGGAGAGGUUCUGGGUGGUGAAGCCGGUGGUGAUGGUGUCGAAGCUCUUGGUAACGGGGUCAAAGCUGCUGUGAAUGGUAGUGAUGGUGCUGGUUUUUCUGGAAAUGGGAGCAAAUCGGAUUCCAAACUUACUUUGUUUGUAAAGGGAGCAAGCGUUUUAGUCCUUGGGGCUUUCAUAGGCUAUGUUAUUGGUUUUGUUUCGCACGCCAGGAAAAGGGCCAUCUCAGAAAAUAGUUGGAUUCCGGUGAAGAGGGAGGAGGAUUCAUGAGCUUACUAGUAUUGGCACAGGGCUAUCCUGCUUACUUGUUUCGCAAGCUAUGAAUCUGGGAUAAAAACAUGCCUGAUAUACAGCUGCAGUCUUUUGUAAAUAUUCAACUUUCUUGACACAUUAGCUGUAUGGCCAGAUUUAUGCUCUUAGGACAUGUAUACCUUGUAAUAUCGAAGUUUUGAUACCCUAUUCCUAUUCCGAAUAAAACAUAGAUUCAUCUCUUAUAGAA